CGCGGGGACCCGAGCUGGGCAGAUGCAGAGAUUGGCUGGCCUAGAGAGACCACUUAGGAAGCGCUGAGCUCACUGAUGUUCGUGUGGUUGGGAAGGACUAGGGGCGCUGCAAAUCUAGGACUCCAGCACUGAAAACUUUCCACUUCUAAACGCAUGCAUUGCACCAGUCUCCAGCUUGUGGCUGCAUAAAAGCCUCAUGCAGCAACUGGAGGCAGCCAAAUGGUUCCUGGAGAUACGGCGACGGUUCUGUUAUCUGCACCAGCUUUACUGUCACAUGAAAAGUAAAAGUGCCACAACCUGACGCUUCUCAGCUGUGGAGCUGGCUUGGACCCGCUCCAGAGCCUGUGGCCAGGUGGCAGCUGUGCAGGCUCGGUGCGGAGGGAUGAUAAUAGCACGGAGCUGUAAACAGGACGCUCCACCCUGCCUCGGCGCCUCUCACGCGCCCUCCUCCUUGUGCCCGGAACACUGCGCUGUGCACGCAGCCUCUGCGCCGCGUGGAGGGGCAGGCCCGCUUCCAGCGGCCCCCGGCGAUUCGGGCUUCUCGGUGCCGCUUAAAAACAGACAGAAUUCUUCGGCAGCGGGGUUGUAGUUCGUGAAAAGGCAGUUCUUGCCGUUGAUACGUUGUUAGCCUGAGGUGUUUUGUCGGCCAUCGUACACGAGCGAUGCGGUCACCGCAGCAGGCCACGUCGCCUCUCAGUCACGUCUGCUCUCAAGGACCUUUUGGGCUGGUUUUGAUGUGUUGCCCCGCUGAAGGUUCGCCGUACAAAGGCGACCCGUCAGCGACGGUUGUAUCAAAGGGGGCCUCUCGGAGAGCUUUGUGGGGGGCGUGCGCUGUCAAAGCAGUGCAGGAGAGGGGCUGCCCUGGUGCAGCGGCGUUCGGUUCUUCUGUCAGCAGCCUGGUUGGGGAGAGCAGCGUGAGAGGAAGAGACAGCUGAAGUCAUACGUAAUGGAGAUGCAAGUAUCAUAGCCUGUGGGGACAAUGAGGCGCUGAAGAGGAAGCUGCAAAUACUAACGAGUUUCUAAAUUAGAGUUAGUGGUAGCUGUCUUACUGUUAGGAGCAAGGAGUGUGCCUUGAAAUGCCAGCUGGACCCAACACAAUAAGCCUUUAAUCCAGUGUGGACCUUAUGAGGUGUGGCUGUCAUGCAAGGACUAAUGCUUCUCUUGCCCUCCCACGUGCCUUUUUGUUCCUACCUUUUCUCACCUAGAACUCAAAUUCCACUGCUCAAUUGGUAUUUUAGUUGAUAAAAAGGUGUAUUUAACAGGCCUGGGCCCAUGAGCCUACAGGGGGGUGCCUCAGCACCUUUGUACACAGGGGUGUUUGUCAAAUACAGCACAGUGCUUAACGCGCUAACGCCGGUUUGAGUGAUUAACUUGCUACCUGCCUGCCAUGCCCUCAUUUUGGGGAGGAAGGAGGGAAUGUCUGUACACAAAGCAGCUGGAGCAGAGCUGUGCAUGGCCUUAAUAUCUUGCUGGGAGGCCACAGGGCUGGUUCUAAUGUGUGUGGUAAUUUGCACGUCUAAUCAAAAUGAAAUGCAAACAGACCUUUCCUGCUGGCUUGAACUUGCCUCUUUCUUGCUACGUUUUUGGUUUUGGCAAUAACACCUUUUUUUGAGCUGCAGGGGUGACAGCAGGGCUGCAGAAGAGGGCAGCCGAGCUGCCUGCCUGCGGGCUGCCUGUUGAUCACACCGCGUUUGGAGCUGGGCAGGAUGUGAUGGAGGAGGCAGGAGGCAAGCGGAGUAUGUGCUCUGUGCCUCCCCUUGCUGGAGCCUGCCAGGAGAGACACCUGGCUCUCUGUCCUUGCGAUGGGAUUGCACUGGCAUGCAUCACUGCUGACACGCAAACUUAAACUAGUCUUACUUUCAAAGCUUUUCUGUUGAUGGUGUUUCUAGCUACCAUUAUGAAAGUAGUGUCUGAACAGGCAGUGUGCCCGUUCCAUGGAAGCUGGGCAGAUCCAGAGCUCCUGCAUUUCAGCACGGGCCCCACCGUCGGUGGGUUAUGAUGGUGAACAGGUCACGUACCUCCCUUUCUAGCCUUUGCUGAACGAAUGCCCACACCUACUAAUGACACCCAGCACUCGUGUAGUCCCACUGGAGGAUCCACGACUUUGCAGGCUUUCUCUUGGCCUCCUUGAAACUGGAAGUGAGUCAUUGCAGGCUUCCUUGGGGGAAACCGAGGCACCCGGGCUCCCUUUUGCUCUUGGUUCUGACCAUGGGUAAGAGCCUGGGUCCUCUGACUAAGCAUUGUGCUCUGGCUAGUAAAGAAAUACGGCCUUACAACAGCGUGUACGGAGUGGGGUUUUUUUUUAAUACAGCGGUCAUGCAAAAGCAAUGUGGACAUGGUGAGUGUUUCACUCGGUUGUGGAGCAGCUUCCUUGACUUGGACUGGAAUGUCUAAUCAAUGGCUUCAAGCAGCCACUUAAGGACUGCAAUAAAAUCUUUGCUUCUAGAGAAGCAAUCUCUUGGUGAUAAGCGUGAGUACGGCUCCCUGGAGCGGAGGAGCGAGGAGGAGGGCAGAUUGAGCAGUCAAUCGGCCAGCCCUUGCUGGCCCACUCUACUGAAGUGGUGUUUCUAUUGCUGCUUGUUUUCAAUAGCUGACUUUGAGCAGCCAAACUGAGGCUGGGCAGCAGCAUGGCCUCGGCAGGGAAAAGCUGUUGUGAGACUGGGCAUUCACUGGGCACGUUAGAAGCAAUAGGACUCUGGUUUCCGAAAAGUAAACGGACUUCUCUGGGCUGUAUGUGCUAGUUCCCUUCCUGUGAUCUUUGCAGGGGACGUGGGCUUGUUAACUGUGAUAGCUCUUGCUGAAUCUUGGCUUUGGAGGUCUAAUUCUUCUUUUCUCCCCCCCUCGUAUAGCUAGUGUUCCGUGUGCUGCUGCUGUUGAGAAGCCCUGCCGUCCCCGGCAGCCCCGUGUGCGGCGCACGUCUUCGCUGGACACCAUCGUGGGCUCGUACCUGUUGGGACAGUGGCCGCGGGACGCUGAAGGAGCUUCCACUUCGUGCAUGAAUGACAAAGCUACCCAGCCGUGUUUCUCAUCACUUCAGACUCCAGUGUCCUGGCAUGACGUGGAAGUGGGGAAAGCCAGCUCCAGUGCUCACAAGCGUUCUGCUUCUUGGGGUAGCACAGAUCACCGCAGAGAGAUUGCCAAACUGAAGCAACAGCUCCAGCGAACAAAGCUAAAUGGCAGAAGUGGCAAAGAAAAGGAGAAGAGCUCCCCGCUCCAGGGGGACCAUGCUGUCCUUGGAUCGCUCAGGGACUCUUCUUCAGGCUUCCUUUCUCCAUCUCCUGUUUUGAGGCUCAGCCCCUGCUUGCAUAGGAGCCUCGAAGGGCUAAACCAGGAAUUGGAGGAAGUGUUUGUGAAGGAACAGGGAGAUGAAGAGCUUUUGCGGAUACUGGAUGUCCCAGACGGCCACAGGGCACCAGCGCCGGCCCAGAGAGGCUCUGGAGAUGCGUCUCUGACUCUGGAGCCCAGCAGUGGCAGCUGUAGCAGCCUCUCUCUUUCUCCUUCCCCUUCCGUGCCUCUCCGCCUUUCCCCACACAGCCCGGCAAGGCUGGCAGCGGAAGAGCCCUCCUCUGCAGCAGAUGAGGUGCAGCCGGAUCUAAAGGAGAAAGAGGAGGGCAGCCCUUCACCAGUCCUGGCCUUUGCUUCUUCUCCUCGGCCCAACCACAGCUACAUGUUUAAACGGGAACCUCCUGAGGGAUGUGAGAAGGUCCGGGCCUUUGAAGAAGCUUCCUCCCCCAGCCCUGACCAGCCUUUUCGGCCUUCCUGCCCGGAUAAGAACAAAGUGCACUUCAACCCCACCGGUUCUGCCUUCUGCCCUGUCAGCCUGGUGAAGCCUCUCUUCCCAAAUGUGGGUUUCCUCUUCAGGGGCUUUCCAGCUUCUCCCAGCCCUGGCACGGGCACGUUUACAUCCUGCCAGCCCACAGCCCCCGCCCCGUUCCUUGGGGUGCGGAAGGACGCUGCGGUAGAUAGCUUCGGCGAGGUGUCCAAGUCUCCUUCACUGAAUUACGAACACUGGAAGCGCGGCCAGCCGGAGGAGAGCGUCGUCUUCCACAGCUCUCUCGUGGUGUGAAGCCGUUGGGAAGCCUAGCCAGCAACAGCAGCUCUGGCUCCUCAGCGUGUCUCUGCCAGCCUGUGGAGACCAGUGCCUUGAAGGUGGGACGUGACAGCCGAGAGGCAGCCCUGGUAUUGAGAACCACAGCAGGCUUCCUCUGAGGAUGAUAGACACUGUGAAGUACAGAGUGCCAUGGGACUCCUCACUGCUGAAGAGGAUGGUUUCUCUGAGCCUCCCCUGUUCAAAGCACUUUCCUGUGUUGAAUUGUCUUUGUUUCCUGUGUGAUUGUUCUGCUGGUGAAGAGCAGCCGGGCACCGCUGUGGGGAGCGGAGGCAAACUCGUGCUCCGUGGCUCUGUGAGCAAGUUUGAGCUGGGAGAUUUCAGGUGUGGCUUCGAGCACCCGUCACCCCUGCAGCUCUCUGGGACUGCUGAACCCUGGGGAGCGGGAAGGGGGUAGAAGGAGCCUGAGGAUGGCCUCCCUUGGAUGUAUCGGAGCAGAAAACGUUGUGCAUCUGCACUGCUAAGACGGCUCAUCUCCCUCGGAGCACAGAGAGGGCUGGGGAGCAGCGGGUCCCUGACUGUGCCUCCCCUGGACACCUUUACCCCUCGAAACAAGCCUGGAGCUUUAACAACGCCAUGCGCUAAACAGGGAGAGUGCAGGUGACUAAAUGCGGGCUUCCACAGGUGUGUGCUCUGGCAGCUUGCGUGGCUGAGGGCGAAGGAAGCAUCUGAGAUGGGAGCUGCUGGCUUGGUCUCCCUGUGGGUGGGCAAAGGUCUUCCAGGUGCCUUGGCCGUGCUGCAGGAGGAGGGGAUGGAAGCGAAAACUGGCAGUGCACAAAGGUCCCUGCUCGAGGGGGGUGUUUUGCUGCUGUAGAGAAACUACCUGCUGCUUUCCAGCUGUGAGCCCAGAGCACCUGGCUGGGGCUGGCUCCUGGGGCGGGCUGGAUGGAGGGAGGGGGGGAUCCAGGGCUCCUCUGCCUCACCGAGGGCUUAGCUCUGUGCACGGAGCCGUGGCCGCCUGAGGCGCUUCCACAUCCAGCAGCGCUGUCCCAACGUGAUGCCUUAGAAAGUGAAGCGAUAACACGGGAACAUUGAUUGUAAAAGCCUCUUGACAACAAAAGUAUUUGAUUUUGUGGUCUGUUGCAAAGGCUCUGGGUUGUAUUGAAGAAGCAUAUUUUCUUGUAUCUGAUGUAGAAACUCUAUUUUCUUCCAAAGACACUAUUUUUGCAGCUGUUUGAAGUCUGUAUUUUAUGUAUGUCUUGCAAAGCUUAAAGGAGGAAUGGUAGCUUUGGAGCUCUUGUCUUGUGUUUAGAGGGUUGGUUUUUUUUUUUGCAGAUGCUGGUAUGGCCAGUUAAAAGGAAACAAAAUAAAUAUUUCAGGCAUCCAAAGUA